AUGAAGGAUCGCAACACAAAGUCCCUCACCAACCAGUGGACCAGAAUCGGUAAGGACAUGGCGGCGCUGGAGGAUCUCGAAGAUGGCGCCGCAGCGGCCACUCCCACUCCAAAGAAAGGCACCGCUACGAAGCGCAAGUCGGCUGUCAAGCAAGAAGACGAGAAUGGGACUUCGGUCAAAAAGCGAGGUCGAAACGCAACUGUGAAGACAGAGCCCGAUUUGCCGGCUGUGAAGAAGGAGGACGAGGCUGACAGCAAUGACGAGUUUUGA